GUUCAAGGUGAAAAAAGUGCAGGUAAAUGAUGACUUUUCGUGCAGAACUCUUAUCAAAUACGCAUAUUUAGCGAAGAAUUCAGUCGUGAAAUGCUUAAUAUUUCUUAUAAUCGUGAUAAACUACAUGAUAAACAUUAAGGGCUUCAAAGAAUAAGUGAAAAUGAGUGUUCAAUUGAGGAAAACCGCCAAGGAUGAUGAAGAUGAGACUUACGAUGGCGAGGUGAAGUCCCAGGCUGUCGUGAAGUACUCCAACGUCCAGGCGCCGGCAAACUUCUCGCAGCUGCAGUGCAACACCGAUCUGAACAUGCCGCCGUCCAACUGGCUGCGGAACUCCAUUAACUUCUAUGGAAUGCAGCAAGCGGCCAUCCAUCGAUCUGGCUUCUCCAGCUUCCGGAUGGCGCACAGAUUCCCGGAUUGCGUGGGCGGCGUGGAUGUGGUGUGCGACGCGGAGAUCAUCAAGCGACUGCUGAUGCUGCCGUACGCGCGGAACACGUCCAUCAGCAUGAUGGUGCACAGGAUUGGAAACACCCUGCUGAUAGAUGAGUUCGACAUCUACAAGCACCUGCUGCAGCAAUCCCCGGUGCAGUGGGACUGGCUGAAGCGCUUCAUCUACGAUAAGAUCAUCAAUGGCCUCACGGAUGAGGAGAGGAUGUUCCUCGUGGCCAACAGGAGCCGGAAUGUGCUGCAGGAGAGGCGACUCAUCAGCAAGUUCCUCUACCACAGCCUCCCGCGAGAGCCCCAGGAGAGUGUCCAGCCGAAGGAGAAGCCCUCACUGCAGAUGCUGCCCGGGCCGAGACUGCCUGAGCCAGAAGUGGAGCACAGCGUUCCCGAUCCCAGCUUCUCGCACACCUUCAAUCGCAGCAUUGUGUGGACUUUCGAGGACAUCCGGAUGCUCAUCGGCACGGACAUGCCAAUCUUCGGUGGUGGCACGAGGCCCUGCAUUAGCUUGAGGCUCAGGGACAUGAGCAAGCCCAUCAAUGUCCUCACGGGAAUCGACUAUUGGCUGGACAAUCUCAUGUGCAACGUGCCUGAGGUGGUUAUGUGUUAUCAUCUCGAUGGGAUUGUGCAGAAGUAUGAGCUCGUGAAGACGGAGGACUUGCCUUUCCUCGAGAAUUCGCAGUUCUCGCCGAAAAUCAUCAGGAAUGUGGCGCAGAAUAUCUUGGCCUUCCUCAAGGCGAACGCCACAAAGGCCGGUCACACUUAUUGGCUCUUCAAGAGACCCAAAGACGACGUGGUGAAGCUGUACGACUUGACCACACUCUGCACGGAGGGUGAGUGCGAGGCGAAGCCGGAGAAGAGUGACGCGGAGAGGAGUGCAAAGGACGAGAACAUUGGCACUGGAGUGUCCAAUCCGUUCACCAUCCCUGUGGCGAUGUUGCUGUACAGCGUGGCGCGAAACAUGAAGAGUUCCGUUGAGAAAAUGACCAACAAACAAGCGGGCGCCAUCAAGAUGCUCCUGGACAACUGCAUAAAGCUCCUGCCCAAGGAGAAGUAUCCACAGAUCGUUGUGUCAUCGCAUUAUAUGCUGUCCGACCUGAAUGUGCCUUCGGGAGCUGAGCCGAGCAGUGUCUCCUUCCCAAAUGGCUCAGAUGACAGUGAAUUUGACGAUGAAUCACUCUUCGACGAGGAUGAAUCUGAUGGUGAGGACUUCUUGAGUCAGCGGAGUGAUUUGGUGGAUCAGGGAGAGAGCAUUGCUGUGAAGAACAUCCAGGAAACAAUGGCGGCGCAUGAUUUCAAGAAGAAGAACUGGAAGAACAACUCCCGACCGCCAGCUUUGAGUGCUGAUGUGGAGAAGAGAUGCCUUGAGGCCUUGGAGAAUAUCGUGGCGGGUCUGAAGUGCUUGAAGUAUUUCAACGAUGAGGCGGCGAAGACGAGCGAGGAGCAGAAGAAGCAGAAAAUUCGCAAGGAGGCUGAGAAUCUCAACAUGGCCAAGCCAUAUCAACCAAUUCCCUUGCCUUAUGAGACUCUCACGCCUCAGCCUAAGUUCGUGAAUCCCGACGAUGUGAUCCCGCUGGGAUGGAAGGCGCUGGACAGUAGGGAAAUCAUGUCUCAGCCUGCGAGCAGGAAGAAGGCGGGGAAGAAACUAUCCGUGAAGGCUCAGGAGGAACUGUUGGUGGCGGAGAAAGCGAAGGAUGUGAAGUGCUGGAGUCUUCAUCUGCGACUUCUGCUGCUGGAGAAAGCCUGUCUCACAUAUUCCAUUCUGGGCGAGCACGCCUUCGCAGCUGGUGACUUUUCCAGCGCCUUUCGCUUCACUAAUCUCGCCUUCCGCUGUCAGAAUUCAGUGUCUCAACACUGGCCGAGUGUCAGCAGAAGCUUGAAUGUCCUUCUGGCUCGUGCCGGUGAUUGUUAUCUGCAGUUUGUGAAGAGAUUCUCAGACUUGGAGGUUUUUGUCAAGGGCAUUGUGAACACUUCUGGCAGUGACAAAAUCAUUCUGGAGUUCAUCGAGAGUGAGGAAGAGGAGGAGAGCAGAAUUGAAUUGCCAAUUCCGACAGGAAGUGUGGAGAAUUUAAUGAUGUUUAGCCUGUUGUCAUAUGAAAAGGCACUUAAGGCUGAUUUGGGGAAUCUGAAGCAUCAUCUCACGCGUCGCAUUGGCAAUGUAGUCAAUGAAUUGGGAUCUUUCUACAUGCAAGAAGCGUUGAUGAUUUUCAACGGAAUGAAGCAAGGAGUGCUGAAGAAUGAAGAAACUCCGGAUGAUUGUCAGCAAUCUUAUUUGCAACUGAUGGCAAAGGCGCACACUUACUUGACCAAGAGUGUGUCAAAGUUCGAGGAGGUUGACGAUCAUGUUAAUCUCGCUUUGAUCCACUGCAACAUGGGUCGAUACAAUCGUCAAAUGGCAGACAUGCUCAGUCUUCCGCUGCAGAGUGAAGCGAAGAAGUGCGAAGCGAUUUAUCAGAUGUACUACAGCGAAGCCUUCGCGAGUUACAAUCGUGCUCUGGGAAUGCUGGAGGUGCGCAAGAAUAGUCCUCAGAUUUGGGACAUUCUUUUCUGGGAAUUGUCCACGUCGACAUUCAUCCUGGCGCAGAAGAUGCAAGACUUGUGGGAUGUGAAGUGUGCGCGAUAUCAGGAGAUUAUGGAACUUCUGCAGCGUUCGCUGAAGCUGUGUCAGACUCACAGUGAUCCUGAGCGCUCAGACAGCUAUCUCUAUCGCACUGGACAGAUCAACACACGCCUCGGGAUGGUGUGUGGCAAUGUGGUGAGAUAUCAAAGCGCUGAGUUGGAUGAUAAGAAACGGAAGAAUAUGCUGCAAUUGUGUCGCUUCUACUAUGACAAGGCAGUGACUAUUUUCCGCGAUAGUUCGCACUUGAGUGAGGCUGUUGAGGUGCUGACGGACCUUCUGGAGUUCACAAAUAGCCAGAUAGACUAUCCGGGUAGAGUGAAAGCACUGCAGCACGCGAUGAAUGUGAUGAAGAAUGCCAGAGAAAUCCUUCGUGCGUAUGAAGGUCCAGAGGAAAUUGUCAGAGCUCUGGAGAGUCAGUAUCAGAGUGUGUUUAAGAAUCUCGUCAGGGUCACCGUGACUGCUCCCAGUCGUGGUGGAAAGGAGAAAGAAGCCAAUGCUGAGUUCCUGAAUGCCAUGAAGAAGAUGUACAGCGUGUCUUUGGGAAGAGGAAAAGUUCUAGACAAUAUUUCAGCACUUUUUGAUAUUUAUUCCACGUUAAAUUUGUCGAGUAAAAACAGUUAG